ACAGGCUAAACAUAUUAUUGGCUGGAAUGAACCCCUUCUACUUCCACGCAGUGAAUGUAAUUUUACACUGUCUGGUGACUCUUGUGCUGAUGUACACUUGUGACAAAGCCGUGUUCAAGGACUGUCGCCUUGCUUUUGUCACAGCACUGCUCUUUGCUGUGCAUCCCAUUCACACCGAGGCUGUAACAGGUAUUGUAGGCAGAGCAGAUGUCUUGGCCUGCCUACUCUUUCUGUUGGCUUUUCUCUCCUAUAAUAGGAGCGUGGAUCAGCUUUAUGUUGGGGAACAUUUCCCUCCCACUGCCUCCCCAUUCUUUUUGCUGCUUAGUUUAUUUCUUGGGACCUGUGCAAUGCUGGUGAAAGAAACCGGAGUCACCGUGUUUGGCGUGUGCUUGGUUUACGACUUCUUUUCCCUGUCCUGCAAUGGACUCAAACUGUAA